GCCAGCGGACGCUUGCAGUGGCAUACCGUGACAGUGCAGCUUUACCGAAACGGAGCCAAAUGAGAGUCGAGCCCAUCCACCCAUGCGUUACCGGGGAAACAGAUGGGCACGUUCGCGCUCGGACCUGUUGUUUGUAGGAUCAUCAAGCACAGCGUUUCUGCAAAGCUACGGGAAUAAGUGAGUUUUCCUGGAUUGGAUCUCGUUUGGAGCAUCACUCUUGCGCUGCGCGUCUCCGCCGCUCAUCAGAUGAUGCUGCUGCGUGUUCACGGGUCCUCCUCCGGUGCCACCGGCAUUACUCACGCACCGGCAAAGUGAGAACAGCUGAAGAUGAUACUCAGAUGAACAGGUCGGGGAAACUUUUUUCUGGAAGAUGUUCAGGGCAGUUUGGAUAUCUGAUGGCCACGGCGAUGAGUUUGUUUAACGCAGCGGAGAAGGGAAUUUAACAGGUGCGUAAUUAUCACUCGAGCAUGAAUCCCAUUGGCUUCUUGCGUCUUCUCCAGUUCAGAAGCUCUCUGGAGAUCACGCGGGGAGCGCGCUAGUUGAUGGCACUGCGCGCCGGAAGGACUUUGUUGUGGUUCGGGCAGGUUUUUCGCAGAGUUUCGCGGCUGCAGGGCUUGUGGUCCCGGCGCUCCAGCAGUCUGCUUUGUCUCUCCACCAGCCAGGACCACGAUAAAGGGACCUGUUACAACCGCAACCGGUGUCCGAAGACGCAGCAGCACUGCCCCUAUCCGCCCUUUACAGACUGCUGCUGCGCCUUCCCGGGGGAUAAGAGGGGACAUGAACCCCUCAGCCGCCGGUUCCUGCUGGCCAUGAAGAGGCAGAACGUGCGGACGCUGUCCCUGAUCGUCUGCACGUUCACCUAUCUGCUGGUCGGGGCCGCGGUGUUUGACGCGCUCGAGUCGGACUUCGAGAUGCGGGAGAAGGAGCAGCUGGAGGCUGAGGAGAAGCGCCUUCAGGGCAAGUACAACAUCAGUGAGGACGACUAUAAAAAGCUGGAGACCAUCAUCAUGGAGGCCGAGCCGCACAGAGCAGGGGUCCAGUGGAAAUUUGCAGGGUCCUUCUACUUUGCCAUCACUGUCAUAACCACCAUAGGUUACGGUCAUGCAGCUCCAGGUACAGAUGCUGGAAAGGCGUUCUGCAUGUUUUAUGCAGUGCUUGGGAUACCUCUGACACUGGUGAUGUUCCAAAGCCUUGGAGAGAGAAUGAACACCUUCGUCAAGUACAUGUUGAAGCGCAUCAAAAAGUGCUGUGGGAUGCGCAUCACAGAAGUCUCCAUGGAGAACAUGGUCACCGUGGGCUUCUUUUCCUGCAUGGGAACGCUCUGCAUCGGCGCGGCAGCUUUCUCCCAUUACGAGGACUGGAGUUUCUUUCAGUCCUAUUACUAUUGUUUCAUAACACUCACCACCAUCGGGUUCGGGGACUUUGUGGCCCUGCAGAAGAACAAAGCUUUGCAGAGAAAGCCACUUUAUGUGGCGUUCAGCUUCAUGUACAUCCUAGUUGGCCUGACAGUCAUCGGGGCCUUUCUCAACCUGGUUGUCCUUCGUUUCCUGACCAUGAACAGCGAGGACGAGCGGCGGGAUGCUGAGGAGAGGGCUUCCCUGGUGGGUAACCGCAGUAGCAUGAUCAUCCACAUCCAGGAGGACACGCUCCAGAGGAGUCGAAGGAGACAAGAACAGCAGCAGCAGUGCUACAGAUCCGAGGUCAUCGAUCUCCAGUCCAUUUGCUCCUGCAUGCACUACCAUUCGCAUGAGUUUGGGAGCUCGGUUGGCCUCGGGUUGGGAAUGGGAGGAGGAGGAUGCAGCAGCGGUGGCGCAUUUCAGCACCAGAACUCGUUCGGCUCCCAGUUGAGCCCCCAUCAGUACCAUCACUACCACUCAACGGUGGCCUACCGCAUAGAGGAGAUCUCGCCGAGCUCCCUGAAAAACAGCUUCCUUCCCUCCCCCAUAAGCUCUGUCUCACCAGGGCUUCACAGCUUCACGGAAAACCUCCGGCUGAUGAGAAGACGCAAGUCCAUCUGAGGACCAAUGGCAAAUGCUCUACACACAUAUCCAAUGCUGCUGCUCUACCAAACCUCAUUCUGGCACUUUUUUCGUCAUUUUCAGGCUCUUGCGAGAUGACGUCAGACCAGCAGGACAUUUUAUCGCUCGGUGGAUAUAUUGGAACUUUGUUAAAAAGCAUGAAGCAUGGAUGUCUAUUUUUGCAGAAAACAUCGCCUGGGCCUUCUUCGCCCUUUUGAGCAGCACCUCAGUGGAUUUGGACAUAAUAAUACUACCCUGAUAUCUUUUCAGAUGAUGCACACUUGUGUUUUGAAUUAUACAGAGGGAGAUAUACAUAUAUACUGUAUAUAUACAUAUAAUUUUUUAAGGGACGUGUGAAAAUGUGCAUUUUAUCAAAUGGUGAGCAACCUCUGGUUCUUUCUUGAGAUUCAAGUGCCACAACACCGAAGGAGAAAUAACGAUAAAACUGAUUUGAAAAGGACUACACAGUAUCAGGUAUUGUUUUCUAUAAGCAAUUCUAUUUAAGAAAAAUAAGACAUUGAUUCACAUCAUGCCAAAAUAUUGUUGCCAACCAUAGCAUGUGCACUAGUUGUCGUUUGAUGUACGUCAUUGUUUCUGUUAACCUUUUUAUUUUCCGUUUCUGUUCGUUUAAUUUCGAUCUAAGGUUUUCUGUAAAUUAAACAUGUAUGUAAACUUUCCAAGUGCAUUAUAUUUAGAGGUGACAGAUGAGAGACAGCAUAAGUCGAUUGUGAGAGGUGAAUAAUUGCAUGUGCUUUGUUCAAACUGGUAUGUGUAUGCUGUCACGAAGCAAAGCGAUAGCACUGGAUCCAAUAUUAAAAGCAAAUCCUUUAAAAAGUAUUUUUUGAAAUGAAAGUCGAACUAAACAGCCACUAAAACAGAGCCUCACAAAUGGGAACGUAGCGGCAUUGAAGAUGAUUGUUAUUCAUCGUUAUUUAUAUAAACAGCACGACUAUUAUUCCAUUGUGAACAAUGUAUAAUGUAUGCUAACCCUAGCAAUGAUUGCUUUUCUCUCUGCCAUAAUCAUGGCAUUUAUUUGAAUGAGACUUAUUUAAAUGCAUCAAUAAAGACAGUUAUUUAUGUAUUUCACACUUUUAUGAUGUCUUCAGAGGAUGCCCUGCAAAUGAGAUGGUACCUCAUAGGCCUAAAAAUUGCUCUGAUGUUGAUGGAAAAGCAUAGUUGCUCCUCUUUCAGGAGCGGUGUGGAUGUAAUCAACAGUUCCUUUUCUCUGCUUGUGGUAGAGAGUGUUUUUGUUCACUAACCAAAUUGCAUUUCUGAUAUAACAGCAACCAUGUCACUUUUUGGUUUUAAACUGAACUUGUUUUUUUUUUUUUACUAUUUUACUAUGUCUUACUGUAUCCUGGAUAUAAUAUCGGAGUAUCUGUGUUACAGUUAGGAUCAUCCAAUAAACCAGAGUUGGAGUCAAGACCUGACCCUACAAGACCCAGACCAAGACUUGACAGAUUAAGGCCCAGAUCCAGACCAAUGCCUGUCCAAGUAUGAGAGAAGAUGCUGAAUUAAUUGCAGCAUUCACAUUAUACAGUAGCUAAAUAUCCGUUCAAAGCCAUAGGCAUUUUGCAAAUUUUCUGUAAUCAUGAAGGCACCAUGUUGAAUUUGACUGAGUUAUCAUCUUUAGUGCAUAAGUGGACCCUUUUCUUCACCCUAAACCAAUUUUAAAUCUGGAACUACAGAUGGAGCAAUGCGGUCUUGAUAGGUCUUCAAAACUUCAACUCUGACACUAACUAACCAAUAAAAUGACAUCGCAAAUAAUGGCUUAGGGAUUGUUUUUAUGGAUGUAGAAGGCUGCAUUAAUUUUCACUUUUUGGUUUUCCUUGAUAAGAUUCUAAGUCCAUUUCAUUUCGCCAGUUUUAAUUGAGAGUUGGUCUGUAAUUUUACCUCUGUUGCAAAAUAAAUCAGAAGCAGUCAGGGUGGUGAGGUUUUCAUCUAAAAUUCAAGAUUCUUAGGCAGAUGACCAAUUAUAAAUUAGAUAAAAUGUGACACAGAUAGCAUGAUUCAGGUUUGGACUGGACUCUUGCCGUUGUUUUCUUGAAAAAUAAAUCUCAAGUAAUUGUCUUGAUGUGGAUCACUGAGGUAUGCAAAGCCCAAAGUGCCCGCUAAAGUAAUUUGGUUUCAGACAAGACUAAUUAAUGAGAGAAAUUCCUGAGGGUCUCCAGUGCUACCGUGCACUCUUUUAGUCAAUUCCAGAGGCUGCCAGCGGGAAGCGGUUCCAGGCUCAAACAGCUCACCCUUCUAAUACCAAUCAAAUUGACGUCUGACAUUCUGGAUUUCACAGCAUAUGUUGCAGCACUCAUGUAAAUGUAUGUAAAUCGCUACCAUUUUAUAAUAUUGUGCAGUGCAUAUAUUGUAAGUAGUUAUAUCCUUGACAAAUUACAAAGACAUAUUUUAAACUCAGAUGCAUUCCCAUUUUUACAGCAUUCAGCAUACUGUAUGUGCCUUAAAGGGGUAUCUUUCAAAUGUGGAGUUUGUAUUUCAUUAAGGCACAUACUCAAAUUCAUAUUCAGAUAUAGAAGCAAACAAAUUAAAAUAGUUUUCAAAGCAAAAGCUCCCCCAUGAAUUCACAUGGACAACAUUACAUCAAAUAAAACCAAAGCAACUAAUCCUCACGAAUGCUGCUGCCACCCAAACAAUGCACAAACAUAUAUUUUAGUGUAAACACUGUCUGAAAUGUGUCCACUGUUUCACUAACACAACAAAAAAGCUUUAUUUACCACUUUUUAUUGGUUGUCACUUUAACCUAUGUACGUACAUGAUGGCUCCUGGGGUCAGGACAGAAUAACAUGUAUUUUACAUCAAUAAACUGUACUUGCAUUCUAUAUGUAUUAUGUAAUAACCUGGUAAGAAAUACUCCGACAGAUGAGCUUUUAUGUAUUGACUAGAAGAAAUGUAAUAACUUUAUGAUUUACAUCUACUGUUGUGGAGGGGCAUUGACAAAUCAGGUGUAUCAAAAUACAUUACCUAAUUUAUAAGAUG